AUGCCCGCAUGUGCUGCCAUUAACUGCACAAGCCGACAAACACGUGGAUGCGGAAAGUCUUUUCACCGAUUUCCACAUGGACGACCAGAGAUUCUGAAAAAAUGGGUUAUGAAUAUGAGGCGCGAUACAUUUAAACCUUCCUCCAAGGCAGUGCUGUGCUCAGAUCACUUUGAAGAAUACUGUUUUGACCGAACUGGCCAGACAAUUCGAUUGAGGGUAGAUGCUGUGCCAACAGUUUUUUCUUUUCCUGGGAAAUCAAGAAAGGACAGAAAAUUGCAGAACCCAGUUCCAGUGUUUGAGGAUGGUGAUGAGCACUUUUCUUUCCCACCUCCAUCACUCCCAGAACAGAUGCCCACACAAAACAUAGUUGAAAAGCGGGUUACCUUGGAACACGACUAUUGUAUUAUGGACAGCCCAAAGGCUCUGAAGAAACGGCUUGAUGAAGCCUUAAGCACCCUUCACAAUGUAAAAAGGAGACUGAAGAUUACCCAACAAAAAUUCAGGAGGCUAAAAUUCAAGGUUCAGUCUCUUGAUCUAUCUGAGGAUCCUGUGUAA